CAUUGUUGGUCUGUUCCCUUUAGCGACCAGCACCAGACAAACUUUUUGGCGGCAUUGCAACAUCAGACAAUACAACCAUUAAAUACCGCAGUACAAUAAAAUGAGUGCAACGACAGAUCCCUGCGUUGCCGUGAAUGGGGCGGGCCUUGCCUACCGCGAGUUCAGCUGUGACUAUCCCAUGCUGGAACCCUUUUAUUUCGAGUGAGUGGCUGGAACGAAACCAAACCGAACCGAACCGAACUUAUGAAUCCAUUGCCAUCGGAACGAAUCGAUAAUCUUGGAGCUGGAUCGGCCAGGGAUGUGUGAUUUCCCGGAGCGUACCGUGCAAUGCGAUGGAACGAACCGUUGUUCCAAAAAAAAAAGUCAUAGACCACCGAUAUUUCGAUUUCUUGUUUUGUUCUCUGAUCGAACGGACCCAUUUUCUUUUCGCUUUGCUAUUCGUUGCUUUGCGUUGUGUUGUCCGAUGCCAUGCGACGCGAUGCAACACGACACGAUGGCCCGUCUCCCACACCGAUUGCCGCCAGAUUCGAAAAGAAGUACGAUCCCGUCCCCAUGUUGGAAUGGAUGCGGGACCACCCGAUCGUUCCGAUCGUGGUCGUGACGGCCUACGCGGUCCUCAUUUUCGGCGGCCAGCACGCCAUGCGAAACAAGCCGGCCUGGAACUGGAGAAAGGCCAUGGCCCUGUGGAACCUGACUCUCAGCGUCUUUUCGUGGGUGGGGAUGUUUCGGACGCUGCCGCAGCUGGUGCACAACCUGUAUUACACGAGCCUGAGGGACAACCUCUGCCUGGACCGUGAGUAGAGCCAUUGAAUUGCACUGCUGCGCUGCGCUGCCUGGCUGAGUGUUUGCAGCAACGGUCGAUGCAUUGUUUGUCGUUUCUGAACCCCCUUUCUUUUGUUCUUGCAUCGGGUCUCGCCAACAAAACACAGCAAGAGUAACAUAUGGAUCUGGAUCUUCGGGGCUUUGGGUCCAGCUGUUUGUUCUCAGCAAGUUUCCGUAAGUUCCAGAUUUUGGUAUUGUUGUCAAAAUCCAGUCGCAGCAAAUGAUGCGAAAAAGAAAACGAAGACGUAACCCACUAUUAUUCUGACCGCUCUCACUUUGUUUCUCUGCUCACGAAACGAAAUCAAAAUUUUGUGCAUUUCCGGUGAUGAUGGAAUGAAUUUGUUUUAAUUGCAUUUGAUUGAAUCGGAACAACCAUGGAUGAUUGGACACUGAAUGCACGAUCCGUGAUCCCAAACAAAAUGAACGCGACAAUAUACCCUGCAAUGUCCAAUUUUGCCAUUACGCUGUGGUGUGCUGCCAUGACCAAAUCACACACUCUCGCAAACAACGAAAAUCAAUAUUUAGUGAACUGGUCGACACCUUCUUUAUUGUGAUUCACAAAAAGCCCCUCAUAUUUUUGCACUGGUAUCACCACAUCACGGUUCUACUCUACUGCUACCAUUCCUACGUGACAACCUCUCCGCCAGGUAUUUUCUUUGUCGUCAUGAACUACAGUGUCCAUGCAACCAUGUACGGGUACUACUUUUUGAUGGCGGUGAAGAUGCGCCCCAAGUGGUUCAAUCCCAUCUGGAUCACGAUUUUCCAGAUAUCCCAAAUGAUCGUCGGCGUAGCGGUGACCCUGGCCGGAUUUUAUUUCUACAAAACCGACCCAACGUGCAAGAUCGAAAAGGAAAACAACACGGCCGCCUUUGUCAUGUACGGGAGCUACCUCUUUUUGUUUCUGCAGUUCUUCUUCGGGAGAUACUUUAACAAGAAAAAGGGCAAGAACUCCGUGUCGGCAACAAAAACGAAACAAAAGUCGCUGUAGAGUACGUGCUGUCGCGAACAGAAAAGGACGGAACAGAUCAGUGGAAGAGAACUCUGUUGGAACAGCUCAUGCUCCGACGGCUCUUAAAAGAUGCGACGAUCAUCUAGUGGAUGGAGAAGGAUUCUUCAUUCUUGGCAGCAUCGCACAAAAUAUCAUUAUUUUAAAUCUACCUGGGACACAUGCCGGCUUGGUGAUGACUAGAUUGUUACUAGAAUUGUUGCUAGCGAAGCGUUUCUCCGCCCAUUCUUUUUUGAAUCAUGAAAGUUUGAUGCUGCUUGUUUCUUUCGAACAAACCGAUGAUUGGCUUGGCGACAACAAUAGGACAAUGCAACACGUAAUUUUGUUACUGUCGACGAUUUGAGGUUGUCACCUUGUGGCAACAUUUCAUUCGUCAUUCAACUAUUGUUAGUAACUGUUGUUUAUAAUUGAACGUAUUUUUCUCGUUCGGGAUAACUGAUUUGUAGUGUUAUGCUGUAAAAUUAUAGCGUGUGGGAUGUUGUAGAAGUUGUUCGACAGCGAAUGAAUUUGUUUUACUUUA